AUGGAGGACUUGAGCGGCAUGCGUCACCACCUGAUGUGCCCCAUCUCGCUGCAGCCCAUGCACGACCCCGUCACGGCGCCCACGGGCAUCACCUACGACCGCCGCGCCAUCGAGCUUUGGCUCGCCGCCGGCCACGCUACCUGCCCGGUCACCGGCCAACGGCUCGCCCUCGACGACCUCACCCCGAACCAUACGCUCCGGAGGCUCAUCCAGUCCUGGCGCUCGCCUUCCUCCACCUCCACGCCGCCGGAGGCGGGUGAGGCUAAGCUGACGGACGCGGUAGAGCAGCAGCGGCCGGAGGCCGCCGUCGUCAAGAAGCUGCUGUGCACCACUGCUUCCCCUUCCGUCGACGUGCUCCGCGAGGCAGCGGAGGUUGCGUCCGAGAGCGACGCGGCGCGGCGGCACAUGGUGGACGCCGGUGUGUUCCAGCGCGUGCUCCGCCUCACCGUGUCGAGCGCCAGCGAGGUCGUCAAGAGCGCCGAUCCCGGACACCAGGGGAGGAGCAGCAGCUUAGAGAGCACGCGCGCCAUCGAGGCCGGACUUGAUCUCGUCCGCGCGCUGGCCGUCUCCGGCGACGAGCUCCGGCCGCUGGUAGUUGCCGAUAGCCACGCCCACGACCUCCUCGACGCGGUGACGGACGUGCUGGUGGCCCUCGAGCCCGCUGUCGGCACCGGUGGCGGCGACACCGACACGGCGAGGGCGAGCGCGGUCCGUCUGCUGGACUCCGUGACGGAGGCGGCCGGCUCCACGGUGCUAGAGCGGCUGCGGCCGGAGCUCAUCCACGCCGUCACGGCGGUGGUGCGCGACAGGGUGUCCCCCGGCGCGACGCGGCGGCGGCAGGAGGGUGACGGAGCUGGCCAUGGCAUUGCCGGCGCCGCGCACGAGGCCAUCGAGCUGGAGCUCGACGCGCCGCCGUCCUCGUCCUCGCCCGCGCCCGCGCCCGCGAGCGCGGGCGGCGGCGGCAGGAGGGUGACGGAGCUGGCCAUGGCGCUGCUGGCUGAGCUGUGCGCGUGCGCGGACGGGCGCGCGGCCGUGGCGGCGCACCCGGCGGGCGUCGCCGUGGUGGCGCGGCGGCUGCUGCGCGUGUCCGCGGCCGCCGACGCCUGCGCCGUGCGCGUGCUCGCGGCCGUGGGCGGCCGGGCGGGCUCCCCCGAGGUGCUGCGGGAGAUGGCGCGCGUCGGUGCCGUCGGGAAGCUCUGCUGCGUGCUGCAGGCGGACUGUGACGCCGCCGUCAAGGAGGCGGCCCGCGCCGUGCUGAGGCUGCACUCCGGCUUGUGGAGCGGGUCGCCCUGCGUCAGCGCAUACCUGCUCUCCAGGUACCUCUAG